UGAGGAGCAGCUCAUUACUCCCAAUAUUCCUGACUGGACACCUACAGCAGUUUACCUACAGCAGUUUACACAGCAUGCUCUGUGAUACUCAUUGAGAUUUAAGUCUCGUUUUACUUGUAAUUCACUCUGUCAUUUUGCAUAAUUAAUUAAAUACUUAGUCUGUUUAGUUGAAUAACAGAAGACAUGAUUGACGAAGUGAAACGGGAGAGAGGCGAUCAAUGGAUUUCAUUUUAUUCCAACGAGGUAUAUUAUGGAGCAGACAACCAGCCGUUGGGCACCAGAGGAUAUUCCCCCCCAGGACAUCACUACCAGAGUUACGGCCCACCGUGUGAUUCAGCAGCUGCGGGAAACACCGGGAGACUCGGAAGCCCAGUGGGAAUACUGCCUCCACCAAACCCCAAAGGAUACGCUGAGUGCAGCUCCAGUGAACCUGAGUUUCCAGCACUGAAAUCAGUCUACAGACGGACCUUAAGCCACGCCAAGCCACCAUAUUCUUACAUCUCUCUUAUCUGCAUGGCAAUCCAGCAGUCGCCAGCCAAGAGACUGACACUGAACGAGAUCUACGACUGGAUCCGCCAGCUCUUUCCGUAUUACAGACAGAAUCAACAGAGAUGGCAAAACUCCAUCCGCCAUUCCCUGUCAUUCAACGACUGCUUCGUGCGUGUACCAAGAUCACCAGACUCACCAGGGAAAGGCUCGUACUGGGCCCUGCACCCAGACUCGGGCAACAUGUUCGAAAACGGCUGCUACAUGCGUCGCCAGAAGCGCUUCAAGUGUCAUAAGGCGACGUUGCCAAACAAUUUGGAUGGAGAACCUAUAAAAUCAAAAGGGAAGAAAAAAAAGGUGGAGGUCAAGUCACUCAACUCUUCUUGUAAAUCACCUGUACCUCCUCCAAGUGACACCACAACACAUCAUUCAAGCAUUUUACCAGUGUCCUAUCCUGAAACCAAAGCUCCUUCUCCUUCCCAUCUUCAUCAGCACCUUACGCCCUCACACACUUUAUUUCCUACCCAGCCUCCAGAGAUCUCAACACACCUGCCCUCUCUUAACGUCCCAUUCCCAACAAUGUCCACUCCCAGCCUGCAGUCCGUCCCGCCGGCCUCUAUGGAAACCAGCUUUCACUGUGAACCUACAUCCCAACACUCCAUUUCUGUCCCGCGACUUAUGGACUUCCAGUACUGCGAGACUCCGGUGAACUACCCAGUUUACUGCCAGUCCAAUUCCCAUCCCAACCUCACCUCGUAUGCAGGAGACUCGGUUUACUACCCUGGAUUUAACAUGUGUCCUGCUCCUCUUCUGAGUUCCUCCUGACUAACCUCCUAUAGUCUAUUAAGGGCUUUAAAAAUGGAUACAUUUCUGUUUAGAUACUUAUAAUUGCUGUAUAUAUUAGCUGGACAUCUCAUAGCUGGAGAAGUAUCUGUUAUCUGAUGCUGAAGGAUUUCUUUAAUUCUGUGGCAAUGCUUCAAGUGAAUUCAAUUGAAUUGAAGGUGUUUGAAAAUAUAUAUGUGAAUUCCUUGCUGUAAAUCUCAAGUAAAAAUUUGAACAU